UCGCUCACUCUAGUCUUACAUCUCUAUGAUACUGACGUUUUGACGAUGUAAACUAAGCCAAGCCAGUGGUAAAAGCGUUGGAAGAGGUGAACUGUAUUGCCAUCCGAAGUGACCAACUAAUCGAACUUCCGUUUCCAUUGAAACAUACCGUCUAUAUACACAGAAAGUUUGAUUCUAACCUACCUACUCUAACCCUAAUUCCAAUCCAAUCUGAUUCAUGAGAAAAUUUAGAAAAAGUGAUUGCGUUGUAAAAAAAUAAGUGAGUUGACGUAAGGAUGGCAACCGAGGACGUGAAUUCUCAGACGAGUUUGGUGUCAUCGGGCGAGACUGGACAACCUGUUACGAGCACUGUGUCGCAAGAAAGUAACAAUAAGGAUCUUAACGCGCCCAAGCCGCAGAAUUCAAGUUCGCAGAGCAACAAUGUUCAACGAAUACAGGAACGCAAACAGCAGAUUUUUAAUUGGCCACAAGUCAAGAAAUUGUUGAAGCUGUCGGCAUAUAGCGCUUGUCAAGCGGAAGAAUGUAAAUGUAACGGAUGGAAAAAUCCACAAAUGUUUAAUAGAUCGCAAAACGGCGGACAACUCCCGCAGCAACCUGUAACCUUUUACGACCCCUGUCACGGAUGUACUCAUUCUCUGGAGAAUCAUGUUAAGCAUUUGUCAUCUUUGUCCGAAGAAGAAAUUAAUAGAUUAUUAGGAAUGGUUAUUGAUUCAGAGAAUAUUUAUAUUACUGUACAAAGAGAGGAGGAUCCUGAUACUAGAAGAGUAUAUGUACAUUUGUACAAAUUGUUAAGAAGGUCUAUUAUAUAUAGGACAAAACCGGUCAUUGAAGGAUCAUUGAAAAAACCGCCGUUUGAGGACUUUAGCAUAGUGCAAGCGGUGACAAAUUUUGUUUUAUACAAAUUCAGUCAUUUGCCGCCGAAAGACUGGCAAAUGAUUUGCGACAUGGCCAAAAUGUUUCUACACUGCAUGAAUUAUUGGAGCUUCGAAACACCAAGCGCCAAACGAAUGACGAAUGAGAAAGAAGCUGUUGCUUACAGAACCAAUUUUACUCGCUGGCUUGUUUACUGCCAUAUACCUCAAUUUUGCGAUUCCUUGCAGCAUUACAACACUACUGUAGCCUUUGGAAAAGAGCUUUUGCAAGCUGUAUUUAAGCAAGUAUCCAGACAAUUAAUAGAUAAAAUUUAUACCGACAGAGAGAAGAUUCAACCCGACAAGAGAGUAAUGUGUUUAACGCAUCUUCCCAAGUUUCUUUCGAUGUUAGAAACAGAAAUAUAUUGUGAUAACUCACCUAUAUGGGAUCCCAAAUUUAAACAGCCUCUAGACACAAAAAGGCAACAAGUUAGAAGAACAGGGGAAUUUGAGAAGGUAACUGUUACUCCGAAUGAGAAGGAUAACUUUACAACAAUAAAUAUUAGUCCGGGAAUAAAGAAACCUCCGGAGAAACGUUCCACUCCCGAGGGACGUUCCGAUGUAAAGAGAAAGAAAAAUGAAGAAAAUCUCGAAGAUCUUCCGGAUGAGACUGUUGCCGAAAUUGUCGCGUCUAUUAACGAUACCAAUUAUAUGUCCGGUUCGGACGCGGUUUUCCCACCAAACGUACCGCGUGACGAAACCGCUAAAAUGGAAGAGAGUAAGAAGAUAAUAGAGUUUCACGUAGUCGGAAAUAGCCUUACUCGACCAGUGUCGAAGCAAACUAUGCUUUGGCUGAUUGGAUUGCAAGAUGUGUUCAGUCAUCAGUUACCUAGAACGCCCAAAGAAUAUAUUACUCAACUUGUUUUCGAUCCAAAACACAAAACGUUAGCUUUGAUAAAGGAUCGUCGACCGAUCGGCGGUAUAUGUUUCUGCAUGUUCCCCAAUCAAGGUUUCACCGAAAUAGUAUUUUGCGCUGUUACAAGUCACGAGCAAGUCAAAGGUUACGGAACACACUUAAUGAACAUGUUGAAGGAUUAUCAUAUCAAGAACAACAUAUUGCAUUUUCUCACAUUUGCGGACGACUUCGCUAUCGGAUAUUUCAAGAAGCAGGGAUUCAGCAAAGACAUAAAACUGCCGAAAUCGAUGUACCAGGGAUACAUCAAGCGUUACGUGGGCGCGACGUUAAUGCACUGCGAAUUGAAUCCGAAGAUCGUUUACACCGAAUUCACGGCAGUGAUUAGAAAACAGAAGAAAAUUGUCGAGAAACUGAUUUACCAAAGGCAGCAGGACAUACAAAAAGCGCAUCCGGGUUUAACGUGUUUUAGAGAGGGUAUAAGAGUCAUCCCAAUUGAAUCUAUUCCGGGAAUUCACGAGACCGGAUGGAAAAGUUCGGUUCAAACACGAACGAGAGGCGUCGCAAAAGUAGCUCCGAAUUCGGAAUCGAUAGACGCGAGCCUCGAUACAUCGGAUUCUCUAUAUUCUACGUUGAGUAGCGUUCUGAAUAGUGUAAAGAAGCACAGCACAGCGUGGCCUUUUUUAAAACCUGUAGUUAAGGACGAAGUUCCAGAUUAUUACGAUCACAUAAAGUAUCCCAUGGAUCUCAAAACUAUGCAGGAUCGUUUGAACUCUGGAUAUUAUAUAAUUAAAAGAUUAUUUGUAGCGGAUAUGUUGCGGAUUUUCACCAAUUGUAGACUGUAUAAUAGUCCCGACACAGAAUAUUACCGAUGUGCCAAUGCCUUGGAGAAGUACUUUCAAACGCGUAUGAAAGAAGUUGGUCUCUGGGAUAAGUAAAAAAAAAAAAAUAUUUUAAGAUUGUUGUGAUAAUGAUGUGACAAGAAGUAUUGGCAAUAUAUAUACAUACAUAUAUAUAUAUAUAUAUAUAUAUAUAUAUACAUCUAAUUUAUUCUUACAAAGUUUACUUGCUGUAUUAAGAAAGUUCAUAUCUUGAAAGUGACGCUGCUUUUUGUGCAGUAUUUGUAUAAAGACGAAGUAAAAUAUAUUUGCACGCAAAAAAUGCAAAUAUCGUGUGCGUGCGUGUGUGUAUGCGUGUGCGUG